GAACCACUUACCACUUGGAGCACGUAGAAACGUCUACGUGUCGUACUGGUCGAAUUCAAGAUAUCACAAAGUGGAGCCAGAGAUGGAUCUGCCGUACGUUGAUCGAUUUCUUGACCCGUACGACGAGAGUCUGCUGUGGAUUGUCAUCGUUGGAUUCAUCAUCGCCUUCAUUCUGGCAUUCGGUCUUGGAGCCAACGACGCUGCCAACUCCUUCGGAACAGCCGUUGGAGCCAAAGUUUUCACCUUGUUACAGGCAAUUAUUUUGGCGGCUAUUUUCGAAACACUUGGAUCGAUCCUUCUUGGAGGAAACGUGUCUGGAACCAUACGGGGAGGACUUUUCAAUGCCUCAGUAUAUGAAGGGCACGAGGAGCUGUUGAUGGUGGGACAGCUGUCGGCUCUUGCAUCUGCUUGUGUUUGGCUUCUCAUUGCGACCAUGAUGUCACUUCCAGUCUCAGCCUCGCACAGCAUUGUGGGAGCAUCUUUGGGAUUUCAUCUUGUGGUAUUUCUAGGUACAGGCGUGGACUGGUUUGUCAUUGGCAAAAUAGCAAUAUCAUGGGUUGCAUCCCCAGUAAUAUCCGGCGUCGUGUCAUCUGCGAUUUACUACGUCUUGAAGUUCACGAUGCUUGACAGACAUGAUCAACUGAAGUCGGGUUUAAGAGCUGUUCCAUUCUGGUACUUCCUGGUAUUUUUCGUCAAUAUCCUGUCCAUUUUACUGGGAGUCAAGGAAGUGGUAGAAGCCACUGUCCUUGGUGUGUGGUUGGUCGUUCUAAUUGCACUGGGCGGGGGUCUCUUAUGUGCAUUGAUAACAUUGGCGUUUUUGGUGCCGUAUACGAGGAGAAAGGCUAAAGGUGCUGAGUUGCGCCAGCAGCACGAACAAGCAGAAAUGGGAGGAGACCAGACAAUCAAGAAGAUAAGACAAGACUUCGAGUUAGAAGUUUCAGAGACACAGGCUUACGGUAACAAGUGUAUGACGACAGACGACGAAAAUGGGAACACUAAUAAGCGGGACAGUGACGACUUAGACAGCAGUGGCAACGAGGCAGGAGGCGAGACAAAUCGCAGACACUGCAACUCCGCCAUAUCUGACGACGAUAUUCCACACGACAGCGAGAUCCGAGGUGGACGGGCGGAAUCCAGGAUGUCGAGGGUGUCGAAGGUUACAUCCACAGCAGAUGACGAAGAGGAAGACAAGGGCAUUUUCAGUGUGAACAAGAAUUCCAAGGACUGGCUGUCAGUCAAGGACACCGUGGCCGUGACAACCAUCUGCGGGCCGCUGCAGGGCCUGUCGGCGUGCUUUGCCGCCUUCUCGCACGGUGGUAACGACGUCAGCAAUGCCAUUGGCCCUCUCAUUGGACUAUACCUUAUCUACCAAGAAGGCAGAAUCAGUGUAGACAAGCCGUCGCCAGCAUGGAUCCUCGUGUACGGCGGUGUGGGCAUUGCAGUCGGUCUUGCCUUACUGGGAAGGAGGGUGAUCAAAACCAUUGGUAGUGAUCUAACCCCUAUAACUCCAUCGACCGGCUUUGCGAUCAACCUGGGUGCAGCAAUGACCGUCUUGAUCGCCUCCAACCUCAGCAUACCGGUCAGCACCACGCAUUGCUUGGUGGGCUCAGUGGCCUUUGUGGGUUUCCUCCGGGCCCGGAAAGCUAUGGAUCUGAAGCUAUUCACGGGCAUCGUCAGCGCCUGGAUCAUCACCCUCCCGGCCACCGUACUCCUCUCGGCCGCCUUCAUGGGACUCAUCCAGCACGCGGUGCCCGGCGGAUGCGACAUACAGCAGAUGCAAUAUCCCCCACCCAACAGCACAGAGAUUUACUCAACUGUUGAAAUGAGGACUGCUUGAGGAGGUUUGUUAACAGCACCUUGCCCAUCUGACCAACUCAGCAAUAUGCAGGGCUAUUGGACCUUGAUGGCAGACAGUGUGUGCAAAAUGCAGCCUGAACAUAGCCUCCAUGUUGUUCACUCGAUGUUUUCAGUGAGAAUCACUCGAUAUAAAGUCUGCGAACCACAGUAUAUCGAUGUCUGUCUUGCAUGUGAUGUGGGAUCAGCUCUUUCAAAUGUCCCCACACCGACAUUAGGGUUUAAUAAUUAGGCCAUUAAGGUAACAAGGAAAGACAUUAAUCAGCAAAUUGCAGGUCAACCGGAACAAUUUUAGAACCUUCCCCUUAGCAAGAGUGAAGAUCUGUGUCAACCACUAGUCGAUGGUUCCCAAGUGUAUUUUGAAUAACAAUUCCCAGGGAAAAUAAUUCACCAGCGAUUUACAAAAUGGUUGUCUCUCGAACUGUAGGUAUUGAAUUUCGCCAUAGCGUCAUAUGCAGUUAGCAGGUUGUCACUGACACGUCACAUUGUAACACAGCAAGGGUACAGGACUUCACAACAGUCAUAUCCAACUGAAUGGUUUCAUGCAAAAAAAAUCUACUGUUGUGCGUAAAGGUGAAAAAAUAAGUUGUGACCACGGAUCUACGUUUAUUUAAGGUUUAAGCCGUCUGACUCAAGCACCUCCAUCAAACUUGAGGUUGAUAUUUAGCGGGCAAGCGAGCUUCGUAAGCCUGCACGAGAAUAUCAGUCUUAAAAGUAGAUGCAAUGAUGACCAUACGUCUCUAGUUUUGCUGCAUGAGACAGGCAACUGGGCUGGAUCUUUGCGAUGCAAUUAAUUACAAAAUCCUUGUUUAAUUAUUGUAUAAGUAAAUGUACAUUUGCUACAAAACAAAACCAGAAACUACUAUAAGCACAAACCAAGAGAUUAGUGAAAAUUUAUUUCCAGCGUCAUGGGCGUAAGGUAUAUUUGUACACAAAUUAAACACUAUUGUAAAUGUAUUUUGUAAAUGUAUCAAAACAAGGCCUUUUGUCUAGAGAUCAUUCAAGAGAAUAAGGGCUCAGCAUAAAAUUCAACAUUAAAGAAAAAGAGCCCAAAGUUACUCGGGGUUCCCCUUUGUAAUCUCUAACCCUUUUGGGGUUGUUCGUGGGUACACUAUGGAAGCAGUCUGUUGUUGUUUUUUUCAGGAAGAGGUGUCAGUUCUGAGGGCAGUUAUGGGCUUGUUGGUUUUUUCGUGGCUCUCGUCACCGGCCCUUCUAACAACAAACAAGUCUUCCUAAAAUAGAAUGCUUCCAUGGUGUACCCACAACAACAUCGUUGUGUAUGUUUAAAUACGAACGCUUAACUUUUCUCACCCGAAAUGUUUUGACAACGACAACUGUAGGCCUAAAGACUUAUUCAUCAGAUAGGAUGUGUGUAUCUGCGUUAUAAUAUGGUACCGUACAUAAAUCUUGUUUUUACAUUGGCGACUUCUUUUCAAAGCUUGUUAAAAAAACAAUUUUUGGCCUAUAAACUCGGACUGUAGAAUACCAUAAAACGGAACCUAUUUGGGGAAGUUAUAAUGCACUGGAUCAAUGCAAAUUAAAUGGUUACACAGUUA